GGUCGAAUCUUGCUAAUGUGUCGUGUCACAUGUGAGAGGAUGGAUGGAUGGAUUGUUCACAGACAUUUCCUCCUCUGUCCCGUCUCCCUGCGUUGACAUCGGCCUCUGGGAAAAAUUCAAGCCCCAUUAUCUAUAUUGAAUAUUUCAAGCGGCCAUAGGGACGUACAACGGAAGCAGAAGACAGCCUGAAGACUAGCGGAGGAUUAGCGUUAGCGUGUACUAGGAUGGUCAGCAUCUCCAACAUCCUAAUUCCCUAUCUUCCAUGCUUCAUCUUGCUCAAAAUGUUUUGGACCUGAAUUUGUGAAGCUGUGGGCAUCACUCGGGGUUUUGUGUUGGGUCGGGGGUGGGGGUGGGGGGGUCUUGCCAAAGAGGAGAGCGAGCACAUUUCCUUUGUGCUACAUAUUUAAUAAGGUGAAGCAUGUGGGGAAUUACUCUGCCUUCAACUCCCACAUUUCCUUUCAAAGUCAACCAUUCAUUUUGCACAUUCUUCUUCACGCAUUAUGGGAAACAUACUCAUGCCGAUGCAGCACAUACGCCCCACCCCACCCCCAUACCCCCACCCCCCCCCCUUCUUCAUCCUCACUGAUGUGGUUUUAGAUGAAGGGGCCGCCUGCCUGGCUGGCAAGAAAGAGUCAAAAUGUUCUAGUGUAACAACCGCAGCACUGAGGAGGGGGGUUGCGUCUGAUCUGAGUAGGCUUCAUCGGUUCAUGAUGACUAGAUAGGACAGCUCUAGUCUAAAGUAUUUAUCCUGUCAAGAUGGCGUCAAUCCCAGACAAGACAGUUUCACUCCUGUACAAAACGACAGUCGUUAAGGCCUAUAAAUGUUUUCAUUCAUCCAUCAUCGCUCCAAUCUUCAGGUUGUCAUCGUGGAAAACCUUCUGGUGGAAUCACCAAAGUAUUUCAUGGUUUCAGACCUUCAUUCGCAUGGAAACAUCUUCUCCUGAUGUUCUGCUGAUAUUUUGUUGUCUUAUAUUCCAAAAUGAUGGGCGGCACGGUGGACUAGUGGUUAGCGCGCAGACCUCACAGCUAGGAGACCCAAGUUCAAUCCCACUCUGGGUCAUCUCUAUGUGGAGUUUGCAUGUUCUCUCCGUACUCUGGUUUCCUCCCACAUUCCAAAAACAUGCUAGGUUAAUUAGCCACUCCAAAUUGUCCAUAGGUAUGAAUGUGAGUGUGAAUGGUUGUUUGUCUAUAUGUGCCCUGUGAUUGGCUGGCCACCAGUCCAGGGUGUACCCCGCCUCUCACCCGAAGACAGCUGGGAUAGGCUUCAGCACCCUCGCGACCUUUGUGAGAAAAGCAGUAGAAAAUGAAUGAAUUUGCACAAACAGGGCUGCGCGGCGGUCGAGUGGUUAGCGCGCAGAACUCAUAGCUAGGAGACCCAAGUUCAAUCCCACUCUGGGCCAUUUUGUGUGGAGUUUGUAUGUUCUCCCCGUGCAUGCGUGGGUUUUCUCCGGGUACUCCGGUUUCCUCCCACAUUCCAAAAACAUGCUAGGUUAAUUAGCCACUCCAAAUUGUCCAUAGGUAUGAAUGUGAGUGUGAAUGGUUGUUUGUCUAUAUGUGCCCUGUGAUUGGCUGGCAACCAGUCUUCUCACAUGUAGACAGCUGGGAUAGGCUCCAGCAACCCUGCGCGACCCUCGUGAAUGAAUGAAUUUGCACAAACACACAACUCAGAAACGGAAAGGACUGUUUAUCAACUUAACCUUGACCCCACUCUACUUUGUAUGGAAUAUUCCUUCAAAUCAACUGGCUUCUUUCCGUCAGAAAGACUCAAGUCCACCAUGGCUAACAAGGAGCCAAUGUUUCCUGUGUCAAUAGAGCUCAUUUACGAGAGCGCCAACGGUUACGAUCCUUUCCACGUCCUUCAAAUGUCACCGUGAAGAAAGGUUCUUCACCCAGGUCAGAGCAUCCUUGCUUUUCUUUGCUGAUUUGAAAGAUAUUUUUUUUCUCACAGGUACACACCUUUUCAGGAAGCCCACAGUCUGAGUGACAUGCCCGACUUCAUUGUUAGAAUUCCACCUGUGGCUUAAUUACACCCCUCAGCAGGGACGUCGGAAAAAGGAAACAUCAACACCGGAAUUCCAAGCACGCCCAGGGUGGUGUCACUAGAGCUCGGACAUUUUUACAAUAACUUCUGUCUUUGGAUUUUGGGGCGUGCUAGUCACGUCAUGACCGCAUGACCGCCAUCGCAGGAUGAUGCUUGGCCAGUAAUCAUGGAGCAAGGUCACAUGGGCGUGCAAGGUCACCAACCACAAGGUUAACUUGUGGUUACCGCCACAAAUGAUCUCAUUCGAGAGCUGUUCUUUGCAAAGACUUUUCCACUGUACGGUGCAGAAGUGGUUAGCAUCUUGGCCACACAAUCAGGAGAUGGGAAUACCUGGGUUGGAAUCUCUGUGUGGAGUUUGCAUGUUCUCUCCGUGUGAGGAGAAGCGACAUAGAACGUGGAUGGAUAAUCGACUUUAAACAUAUGAAGCAUAGGCAUGCCCAUAACGUGACAUUGAAGAUGUAGACUGGGAUUUCAUACAAACCAGCAGGACUGAAGAGGAACUUUUGAUUCAGUAUUUGUUUUCAUUCUCUACAAUAUACUGGCAGUACACCCUCACGGCCGCAUGGGGGCGCAGGUGAAAAGAACCCCCCCUCGUCUCCGCAGUCUCCUCCUCCUCAUCCCGCCCGGCUGCUGCUGCUGCUGACAGACUGCGACCCGGACUCCGACCAAGCAAGUCACCCUCUUCUCCCGGCAACACGGGAGCAGAGCAGCAUGUGAAUGGCGGCAGAAAAGAGAAAAGUUGCCAGAGAGGAGGAGGAGGAGGAGGAGGAGGAAGAGCUACCUGCGUCUGGACCCACCCAUGCUCUAGUGCACGCCCGCAGUCAUAGCCACGUCCGAUUCCCGCCCCCGGUGCACGGCGGUGGCUUCGGAGAAGGAGGAGGAGGAGGUGGAGGCGGCGGCCGGGGGCAAGUUCCUCGCCUGUUGGCGCACACCCGGAGUCACAGUCACACACACUUCAACACACAGUCGCUGAAGUACACCUGCCGCCUCACGCACAGCCUGUCAGCCAUGGCCCAGAGGGAGAAUGGGGUCAUCAAACCCUUGGACCCGCUGUUCACCAACACCAAGGCCCCUCAGACAGACCUCAGUCAGAAGCUGUCCGUGUGCAGUAAGCUGUGCUUUGCCAUCGGAGGCGCUCCCAAAGAAGUGGCCGCCAGCGCCACAGCCUUCUUCCUGCAGAUCUACCUGCUGGAUGUGGCCCAGAUCAACGCCUUCCAAGCGUCCAUGGUGCUGUUCAUCGGGCGGGCCUGGGGCGCCUUGACGGACCCUGUGGUGGGCUUCUUCAUUAUUAAGACCAAGUGGACCAAGAUCGGCAGACUCAUGCCUUGGAUGCUGGGCUGCACACCCUUCCUGGUGGUCUCCUACUUCUACCUCUGGUAUGUUCCUCCCUUUGUCACCGGGAGGUUCGUGUGGUACCUGGGAUUCUACUGCCUCUACCAGACGCUCAUCACUUGCUACCACGUGCCUUACUCUGCUCUCACCAUGUUCCUCAGCACCGACCAGCAAGAACGAGACUCAGCCACUGCCUACCGAAUGACAGUGGAGGUUCUGGGGACGCUUGUGGGCGCGGCCAUCCAGGGUCAGAUUGUGGCCAGCGCCCACACGCUCAAGCACUGCCCCACCCACAACGCGUCGGCGGCUCAGCCGGGCAACGGCAGCGGGGGCGAGGUGGUGAAGAGCCUGCUGGUACGCUCGGAGGAAUACCUGUCUCACGCGAAGGAAGUCUACAUGAUUGCCGCUGGCGUCAUCGGGAGCAUAUUCCUGGUGUGCACCAUCAUCAUGUUCCUGGGAGUCAAAGAGAAGGACGAUCCAUACGCCCCAAGAACAGAGAAGCCCAUUCUGUUCCACCAGGGCUUCAUCAUGGUGAUGCGACACGGGCCCUACCUGAUCCUAACCGCCGCCUUUCUCUUCAUCCUGGUGGCCAUUCAGCUGGUGCAGAACAACUUUGUCCUCUUCUGCACCUACGCCGCCGACCUGAGGGAGCACUUCCAGAACAUUGUGCUGACCAUCCUGGUGUCUGCGGUGAUCAGCAUUCCGUUAUGGCAAAGGUUCCUGCAGAGGUUUGGCAAGAAGACGGCAGCUUUUUGUGGCAUCACAUGGAUCAUGCCCUUCACCAUGAUGCUGGUGUUCAUCCCCAACGUGGUGGUGGCGUACGUUGUGGCCGUCUCCUCGGGCCUCAGCGUGGCCGCUUCGCUCCUGCUGCCCUGGUCCAUGCUGCCGGACGUGGUGGACGACUUCCGUUUGUCCAACCCGUACUGCAAAGGUCACGAGGCCAUCUUCUACUCCUUCUACGUGUUCUACACCAAGUUUGCAGCCGCCAUCUCCCUGGGCGUGUCCACGCUGUGCCUGGAAUUUGCAGGUUACGACACCGGAGCUUGCAAGCAGCCGCCGGCGGUGGUGUACACCCUGAAACUGCUCAUUGGCGCCGCCCCUGUGGCCUUCAUCAUCACGGGCCUAAUGAUCCUGCUCCUGUACCCCAUCACGGAGAAAGUGCGGCUGAGGAACAAACUCCACCUGGAGGAGCUGCGAAAACAAAGCACCGGCUCCAGAGACGAUUUGGGUUUGAUGUGACGUGAAAGUUGAUGCAUUCCAGCAGUGCAUGCUGGGAAAUUUGCCUCAUUAGUGUAUAUUACACUGGGAACAUUUUUAAUGAAACAUUGUUUGUUUUCAUUCUCACACAUGUUGUAAAGUCAUAUAGGAGUAACCAAGAUAUUUAUACAAAUUCAUGUAUAUCAGGAUUUUAUUUCUUUUUCUUGAACUACACUGUUAUUUAUUUAUGAUGACACCGUUAAAAGGAGGAAGGAGAUGAAUGUGACACAGAAUAGAUUGUGUGGUGUGUUACUUUGUGGAGAUGAAGGGUAUACCGUAGGUGUGUAAGGAAAGUAGCAAUAAUAAACGCAUACUGUUUUUUUAUUGAAUAGUUCAAAAGCACAGUGCAUUCAUGCCUGUAUUGCACCCUCUGGUGGUAGGAUGUGGUGUUUACUUUUCGUAUUUGGACUCCAAAGGGAAAUUUGAUGCAAUCCAGUGGCGUUUUUUUAAACAUGAGAAUGACAGUCAGGGACACCAAGCGAAGUUGAGACAAUCAGAUUGGAAUGGGAUGGAGCGCCAGGAUGACAAUGUUCAUGAAAAUCUGUUUUUUAAUCUGACGUCCCUGCAAUAAAAAAAUGUCUUCAUCGUGAUUAGCUUGUCUUUGUGUCAUUUGUAAUAAAUAUUCAUUAUGGAUAAUUAAAUAACGUGAACGUCCUCAAAUUGCUCUUUGAGGAUUUACUGCAGUAGUCAAAGAUC